UGCCUGAACUGUGCUUUUCCAGCACCACGAAUCCAGUGCUGCUUCAGGUAAGAUAUUCCCCCCCCGGGGCUGGAGAUUCCUGAACCAGGGCCCAAUUUAAACAUGAGGCGGUUGUCACUUCAGUCUGAGAUGAGAAGAAUUUUGAAUUCCCUUGGAUGGCUGUGAAUCUUUGUAAUUCUCUACAGAGAGGGGCGUGAGAGAUCACUCUUUCAGUGUGUUUCAGGAAAGAGGUCACUAAUUUCUGAUUACCAACGGCAUUCAGGGUUAUUGGAAUGGGGAGGGUAAAAGGUACUGGAGUAAUCGAUCAGACAGAAUCAUGUUGAAUGGUGGGGGUUGAAUAGCCGAGACCCGUUCCGAUUUCCUGUAAUCAGUCUCUGAGUAUUGCAGUGAGAUUCCUCGGAGAAACGCUGAACUGAACGUGUUCACCAGCGCAGUCACAUUGAAACUGAAAGCGGUUUGAAUCAGGAAGUACUGAGGGUGAACAUGGCUUCCAGACAGCAGGGAGAGAGUUGGACCGAGGAGACAAUUUGUCCCAUUUGUCUGGAUUUCUUCACCGAUCCGGUUAUACUGGAGUGUGGACACAACUUCUGCCGCUCCUGUAUCACCCAGAGUUGGGAAAAGAAGGAGAUAAACUCCUGCCCGGAAUGUAGAGAGGAGUUUCCGGAAAGAAACCUCAGGGUAAAUCGGGCCUUAGCGAAUCUGGCGGAGAAAGCUCGAAAAUUAAAGCUGGAUCCGACAGAGAAGGAAAGUAAACCUCACUGUGAGGAACACCAGAGAGAACUGGAGCUGUUUUGUGAAACUGACAGGAAAUUGAUCUGUCUGAUUUGUCGAGAUUCGCGGGAACACAAAACUCACAACUUCCUGCCGAUCAAUGAGGCUGUUGAAAUCUACAAGGAUAAGCUGAAAUCUUCCUUAGAUUCUCUCACAGAGAAGAAAUCGGCGGUUCUACAAACGGUACUGACCCAGAAACGGAAGAUUUCCGAAGUGAGGGUGAGCUCUCCCUGUGCUGAUUCUCUGGGAUCUCGGUUAGUUUUGUUCCCUUUACCGCGGGACAUUAAUGAGGUUUCACAUUUCAUUUGGUAG